CGACACCCCAGCACAAAAAUAAUCACAGAAAGGACCCAAAAGUUAAGCUGGAUUCUAGUGAACCGCCACCAUGGGGAGAAGUUUCCUAAUAUCUUGACCCUUGUGGACCUGCUGUUGACGAUCCCAGCUCACAGUGCCGACUGUGAGAGAGGUUUCUCUCACAUGAAGAUCAAAUCCGACUGGAGGAGUUCUCUGUCCCCUGACUUGAUGAGAAUUACCCUGCUAUCACCACCAGUGGAGGAGUAUGACCCAACAGCAGCCAUGGAUUUGUGGUUCAUGGGAGGAGAGUGGAGCAGACGGCCAUAUGCCAGCGUUACACAGCAGGAAUCUUCCAACAGUGGCACUGAUAGUGACUAAUCACACAGAUUGAGAGUGACUUUUAAUGAUAAACUG